AUGAAUUUGACAAUUAAUGUUGGCACCAAUCUUUUAUAUGGUGAAUUUCCAGAGCACUACAGAUGGGAUGCAAGUACAAAGGAAUGGAAAGGCAGGAAAAAUACACUAACUGUUGUUGGGAGGAUAUUGUUUGUCUUACCUGCUGAAGAAGACGAUGAUGCUGCAUCAAUUUGCCUGGCUGAAGCUGCAGAGGUACAGUUACCAGGUGCUUUUAGACGACUAUUUACAACAGUUCUGAUAUUUUGUCAACCGAGCGAUCCAUCUGCUUUAUGGGGAAAAUAUUACACAUCGUUGUUAGAAGACUUCAGGUAUCAAUUCAAGGAUUGUACCGGAAAAAUAAAACAGCUUACUGUCAGUUUGUUAGAACAACACCUUGAAUCAAUGGGUAAAUCACUGAAAACUUUUGGGCUAGAUCAUCUAAGUUAUAAUGUCAGUGAUGAGUUUAGAAAAACGAGAGAUAUAGCAGAUGCUUUAAAUACAGCUAUUCCUGAAGAAUUCAUUAAUUCAAAAGAACGUUUGAAUGCAGCUCAAUUGAAAGCAUUUAAUUGCAUAAUGAAACACGUCAAUGAGGGAAAAGGAGGUGCUUUUUUAUUGAUGGACCAGAAAAUCAGCGAGCUCGUGCCUGCAUUUUGUUCGUUUUUGUUAUCUUAUGGCAAAAGUGAAUUACAAACAAAUGAGUGUGGUUAUGUGCAACUGCCUGAUGGAAUGAUUCGACAUUUGGAUAUGGAAAAGGAUCCCAUUUUGGAGAUUAUAAAAGCAACAUUUCCAGAAGUUGAGAAAGAAACAAGUACAUCAGAUAUCUUUGCAGAUAGGGAAAUUUUAACUCCGAUGAAUGACGAUGCGGAUAUGGUGAAUUCAGUUUUGAUUGACCAGUUUCCAGGAGAAAAAGUAGUUUAUAAAAGUUUUGAUGUAAUGCUCAAUGAUACAUGCAGUAUCUAUCCGAUGGAGUUUAUAAAUAAACUUUGCCUAGGGGGGAUGAGUCCCCAUGAGCUUGUCCUUAAAAAGGAUUGUCCAGUGAUUUUGUUACGCAAUAUAAUGCCUUCUGAAGGGCUCUGUAAUGGUACGAGAUUGAUUUGUAAGACUUUUAUGCCCAACAUUAUUGUCUGUGAAAUUUCUGUUGGACAAUGCAAAGGUAAAACUGAUUUUGUGCAUCGAGCAACUUUACGCCCUGCAGCAAAUAGCAGGUAUCCAUUUACUUUUGAAAGGAAACAAUUUCCAAUUAAAUUAUGUUUUGCCAUGACGAUUAAUAAAUCACAAGGGUAG